GUCUCUCCUGUCUGAUGACGUCACUUCAUUGAGCUGUUUAAGAUGGCGCUUCGGCCCGGAUCAGGGGGAGGUGGCAGCUUUAUGUACCCUGUUGGAGGGGGCAUUGGACCACCGCAAGGAAUGAUGCCCAUGCAGCAACAGCAGCAGCAGGGCUUCCCUAUGGUCCAGGUUAUGCAGCCUAACAUGCAAGGCAUGAUGGGAAUGAAUUUUGGAGCACAGAUGCCUGGCGCCAUGCCAAUACAGGGUGGGAUGGCGAUGGGCAUGCAGACCCCUGGGAUGCAGUUCAUGGGUCAGCCUCAGUUCAUGGGCAUGAGGGCCCCGGGGCCGCAGUUCCCUGCAGACAUACAGAAGCAGAUGGCAGAGGAGCAUCAAAAACGACUGGAGCAACAGCAGCGGAUGCUGGAGGAGGACAGGAAGAGGAGACAGUUUGAAGAACAGAAACAGAAGCUACGUCUACUCAGCAGCGUCAAACCCAAGACUGGGGAGAAGAGUCGUGACGAUGCCUUAGAGGCCAUCAAAGGCAAUCUGGAUGGGUUCAGCAGGGAUGCCAAGAUGCAUCCAACACCAUCUUCACAGUCCAAGAAACCAGACUCAUCGCCAUCUCAUUCCUCUGUCACCUCUCACUCCCUUCCUCCUGCUUUCCCCGACGACGACGACGAGUUUAGUGACUUUGUGCAGGGCCCCGUCGAUGCCUUCUCCUCAUUCCCCUCUCCCCCCCACCCUCCAUCCUCCCCUUCACUAAGAGCCGCUCAUGCUAACCAGCCAUUAGAGACGGGGCCUGGCCAACAUCCGUCCUCCACUCUCCCUCACUCUGUCCCUUCAUCUCUCCCUGUCUCACCUGCCAUCCAACACUCUUCUGUCAUCUCCAGCUCACAAUCUGCAUUCCAAGGCCCAUCUCUGGAGGAAAAGAUGUUCUCAUCAUGUGAUUUGACAGCAGAUAAGAAGGCCCAGGUUAGUUUUAAGCCUCGACAGGCUCUGUCUGAACUGAAUCCCAGAGCUCAGGUCACAGCCCAGUUUCACAGCAGCACCAAAGCCCGAAACUGGGCCCAAACCCAAGAUGACUUCCAUUCAGCCUUCAUGACAGGGAUGGCACCUGAGCCUCUUCCUGCAACACAAGCACCCCCAGUGGCAGACAACCCACCCAUCCAGCCCACUAGAGCCAGUGGUGUGGGUGCCUACCCCCAACAAGACAUGCAACCCAUGGUGCCAACCUGGUUGUACAAUGACUCGCUCAUUCCAGAGUUAUUCAAGAAGGUUCUUGAGUUCACCAUGACACCAGCAGGCAUUGACACAGCCAAACUCUAUCCAAUUUUGAUCUCCUCUGGUCUUCCUCGGGAAGCACUCGGGCAGAUUUGGGCAUUGGCCAACCGUACCACACCUGGCAAGCUGACCAAGGAAGAGCUGUACACUGUACUGGCCUUAAUUGGAGUCGCCCAGAGCGGUCUUACAGUCAUGAGUUUGGACAUCCUGAGUCAGUUCCCAUCCCCGCCGGUGCCCAAUCUACCCGCCAUGACUAUGGCCAUUCCUGCUGUCCUGCCACAGCACCAGCAGCCCAUCAUGACCCAGCCACCUGUGUCUAUGCCAAUGCCCACGGCUGCACCACCUGUCAUGAGCAUGACCCCAAACCCUCCAGCACAACCACCGGCCACCUUUAUCACCAACUUUCCUCCUGUUCAGGCUACCAAGGCGGAUGACGAUGAUUUCCAAGACUUCCAGGAAGCCCCUAAAGCUGGUGUUGGAGAUGACUCAUUCACAGAUUUCCAAGGAGAGACAGGGGGAACGUUCCCCAGCAUGACAUCAUCAUCCCAGAGCAGUGUUCCUGCCAUGCUGACUCCAGUGUCGGGGUCUUCAUCUUCCUCCUCUGAUAAAUAUGCAGUGUUUAAACAGCUGUCGGUGGAGCAGCCUGCAGAACCCACGCCUGCUGUCUCGGAUUCAGGGGACAAAUACAGUGUUUUCCGAGAGCUUGAGCCACCUUCAGAGCGAAAACCAGUUGGGGAGGGAUUUGCUGAUUUCAAGUCUGUCAGUGCCGAUGAUGGCUUCACAGACUUUAAAACAGCCGACACCGUCUCUCCACUAGACCCACCAGACCAGGCCAAGUUUCAGCCAACCUUUCCUCCUCCUUUUGCUUCCUCUCAGUCCCUGUCCCAUUCUCAGCCAGCCUCUCUGGCUCAACCUAGAAAUCCUCUCAAUAUGGCAGACCUGGAUCUCUUCACGACAAUGGCUCCUCCCACGUCCACUGCAGACUCUAAACUCAACCUGUUCCCUUCCGCUCCUCCAUCCUUGGUAUUGCCCUCGGCAGUUGUGAAACCUCCCAGCAUGGGGGGUGAUGACUUUGGCGAUUUUGCCCUUUUUGGCUCCUCCUCAUCCUCCGAAGUAGCUCCCACCACCUCUGCUGCUGGUAGAGGAGCUAGCACAACGGUUCAGGAUGACUUUGCUGACUUCAUGGCAUUUGGCAGCUCGAGAGAUCAGAGAAGUGAGACCAGCUCAAGAGAAGGCAAUAGCGAAGGCCAGACAGAGACAUCCCAACAGAGGCACCAAAUCGGUACUGAUAAAUACGACGUCUUCAAACAGCUUUCUCUAGAAGGUGGAUUGGCCUACGAUGAUAACAAAGAAAGUGGUGGGGGCUCCUUUUCGUCACUCAAGAGUGACAAUGACGACUUUGCGGAUUUUCAGUCCUCCAAAUUCUGUACGGCGCUGGGUGCGUCCGACAAGAGCCUGGUGGACAAAGUGGCUGCCUUCAAGCAGGCUAAAGAGGACUCCACCUCAGUGAAGUCUCUGGACCUCCCAUCCAUCGGGGGCAGCAGUGUGGGGAAGGAGGACUCUGAGGAUGCACUUUCAGUACAGCUAGACAUGAAGCUGUCGGACAUGGGUGGAGACCUGAAGCAUGUGAUGUCUGAUAGCUCCUUAGACCUCCCUGGUUUGUCGUCCCAUCAACCCCCAGCCGCAGAGUCUGAUGAUAUGAAAUUUGACCCAUUUGGCACAUCCACCGUCAGCAGUCUAGGCAGCUAUGACUGGUCCGACAAGGACGAUCUCCCAUCGGGGCAAGGUAAGAAGCUCCAGGGUGGGUCUCAAGGUAGCCUGCCCUCUUCAGCUGUUGUCCAGAGGAAGGAGACGUCUUUUGGGAGCUCGGAAAACAUCACACACACCACAGUCGCCAAGGUCACCACCUUCCCAAUCGAAGACAAUAGCUCAACCAGCGAAAGCCAGUUUGAAGCCUUCGCUGACUUUGGCUCCAUUGAGCAGGCUGGACAAGAUGAUGAUGAUGACUUCGGUGACUUCGCCAGUACGGUUUCAGAGAAAUCGGACUCUCCUCCUAGUGCCACAGAAGCAGAGGGCAACCAGGGCGAAAUGACAGAUGAGUUCGGAGCCUUUCAAGGUGACAAGCCCAAAUUUGGCAAGUCAGACUUUUUGAAGGCCAGCACACAGGCUAAGGUGAAAUCCAGCGAGGAGAUGAUCAAGAACGAACUUGCCACCUUCGACUUGUCAGUGCAAGGUUCCCAUAAGCGCAGCCACAGUCUGGGAGAAAAGGAAAUUGUACGCUCCAUCCCCUCUCCUGCCCCUGAGCAGCCCUUCAGAGACCGAUCCAACACCCUAAAUGAAAAACCAGCGCUGCCGAUCAUCCGCGACAAGUACAAGGACCUUACAGGAGAGGUUGAGGAGAGUGAGCGAUACGCGUAUGAAUGGCAGAGGUGUUUGGAGAGCGCUCUACAGGUCAUCACCACCGCCAAUAACACCCUCAAUGGCAUCAGCAGCUCCACAGUGUGCACGGAAGUCAUCCAGUCGGCGCAGGGCAUGGAGUACCUUCUGGGUGUGGUGGAGGUGUAUCGUGUGACCAAGCGUGUAGAGCUGGGAAUCAAAGCCACAGCCGUUUGUUCAGAAAAACUACAAGAGCUGCUUAAAGACAUCAGCCGCGUGUGGAACAACCUGAUGGGCUUCAUGUCGCUGGCAAACCUCACACCUGAUGAGAGCUCGCUGGACUUCUCCUCCUGUAUACUGAGGCACGGCAUUAAGAAUGCCAAAGAGCUGGCGUGUGGAGUGUGCCUGCUCAAUGUGGACUCACGCAGCAAGAAGAAAGACGAGAACACUUUUGGACGCCUGUUUAAAAGAGCACUGACAAAAGACACUCGCUCCAAAUUAAGGGCCUUCAAUUCAGAGACGGACAACUUCAAGCUGAUGUACGGAGGUCACCAGUACCACGCCAGCUGUGCCAACUUCUGGAUUAACUGUGUGGAGCCCAAGCCGCCAGGUCUCAUCCUGCCCGACCUGCUCUAGAACCCAUCUGCUGUCUAAAGGAGGGUCAUGGGAGUCAGUUCAAAAAUCUUUAGUCACUUUUCUCGCUGUUCGAAUAGUACAGCUCUUGCCACUUGAAUUUAGGACACAACUGUCUGGAUCUGCCAUUGUCUGGAAGAAGAUCAGAUCAAUGAUGUACUACUGAUUAAUACUUUAUUUAAAGGUUGUAAAUGUCUCUUUGUCUCUGGCUCUUUUUCUGAUUCUGUCAUGUACUAUAGUGUCUGGUUGGUUGAUUCUUCGCUGUUGAGUAAACACUGCAGAGGGAUUCUCCAUGUUAUGAAUAUCAGAUUUGUCAAAAAAAAUUGAAACAAAAAAGGUAAAACAUUCGAAAGUAUCAGAUUGAUGCGAAGCUUAAGAGAGAAGUGUUUAGACAUUGGUGUUUUUUAUGAACUGUUUUCUGUUGUUAUGCUGGAACUCAAGUUACUUCAGUGGUGGGUCUGGAAGUGUUUUUUGAAUGCUUGUGAUUUUUUUUCUGAGACUCUUUAUGAAGCAUAUAAAGUCUGGAAGCUGUGAUAUUUAGUAUUCUGUAUUGAGAUGACUCUGUUGAAGGACUUUGUUGUGUGGCGCUUUGAAAGGAAUUCAAAAUCUGAGGAUGUAAGAAAUGCAAAGUGAAGCCUUUUCCAUUUCCAUCUUUUCGAUGAGGCACAAAUAAUUACUUGUCGAGGAUACAACAAAAAUUAAACUGUUUUGCUCACUUAA